GCAGCCUGUGAACGAACGUUAUAAAUAAUAGAAGACAGAUCGCAGACUUCCCAGCCCUCAAUAUUAGAAAGUGGCCGUAUUGCGCGCGCGAGCAGAACAGCUCGACAAUGGAAGAAGAGGAAAUGGAGGAAGACAAAAAAGAUGCCGCUGCUGUUACAGACGCUGAGGAGCUGGUGGGACCGAAUGAAGUCGUGGCUCGUGCUCUAGACGGGACCAGGCUCUACCUGUACAACCACCAGGCUGGAGGUCAUACGGCAUUUCUGCGUACUGGUGGGGGCUCUGUGUGCAAGCCGGUUGUCGCGCUGGAGCUCCAAUUUUACGAGGCUCUAGCUCCACAAUUUCCACAACUACGACCGUUUGUUCCUCAGUUUCUCGGGAAGGUCAAGGUUGAGCUCACGACUUCGAUACCGAACAAGUAUCCCACCUCACCGCCACCUCAGUCGUCCUCGACGUCACCAACGGAGCCGCUCAAUACACCGAAGAAAAUGCGGAAAGGUUAUCUCGGAAAGAAACGACGUCUAGGCAAGUGCAAUGCAAUCGCAACUCCCACGUCACAUGGAGGCUACAGUGCCAAACUGUGGCAACAGGAACGAGCAAAGAAGAACAAAAGAAAGGGCGACAACGGUGUUGCGUUAACACGAGCCGACAGCGGAAGUGUGAAAGACUACCUGGUUUUGGGAGACCUCACCCGAAACUUUUGUCGACCCUGCGUACUCGACAUUAAGAUGGGAACCCGUCAACAUGGAGAGGAUGCAUCACCCGCCAAGGUAAUAUCACACACUGCCAAGUGUGCUGCUACCACGUCACUUGCGCUCGGACUACGACUCUGUGGCAUGCAGAUCUACGGCGAGCACGAAGGUACUUACACUAUUUGGGACAAAACGUGGGGAAGGCAGCUCAAACCUGAUGACAUCGAGCCAGCUCUGGAGACGUACCUCACGAGCGGCUCUGCAAUACGCUGGGAUGCAUUGGAAGAAUUACUUGCCAAAAUUCGUCAGCUGAAAAAUAUUAUGGCCGAAACUACCGGGUUACGCUGCUGGGGUUCGUCGCUACUCCUUAUAUACGAAGGUGAUCAGAGUUAUGGACCACCCAACGCAGAUGUGCGUCUCAUCGACUUCGCACACUGUCAAAUAAGCUCUUCACUUGAUACACCUGACGAAGGAAUGCUGCUUGGUCUUUCCAAUAUCGAUCAUUAUUUGAGCAACAUCGCUUCUCGGAAACGAAAGAAUGAGGAAGCAGAAGAAACUACAACUAAUACAGCAAGAUUGCAAUCGUAGCCUAAGAAAUGACGCAGUAAGAGAAACAUUUCAAUCAGAUUAUCGUUAUCAUCGAUAAAAGCUAGCUGUUAGACUGGAA